GGUUAGGUUCUCUCAACAAAAUGCUGACGCGAUAGACGCCGCAGAGCAAACUCUUUUCUUUGUCUUGUUCUUCCUGUCAGUUCCUGUCAGUCCCUUUAUCCUCUAUCCUUGAACCAAAAUGGCCAUCUUGGAUAUCACACGAGACUUACCCACGCUCUUUAAACGGCAGGUCCAGGCCACCCCCAAUGCCGUUGCUUUAGAGGAUGACUCCACGAAAUACACCUAUGCCGAGCUAGAUACUGAGGUCGAUGCCCUUGCUAGUCGCCUGCGCGCGUAUGGGGUCAGCCGGGAUACUCUCGUGGGAGUACUUCUGCCUCGCAGCGCUCAUUACGUGAUUGCUUGCUUGGCUGCCCUGCGUGCCGGAGGCGCAUUCUUGGUGCUGGAGUUGGCUUACCCCGCAGGCUUGUUGGCCGAUGUCUUGGAAGAUGCCAAUCCCGCCGUCGUGAUCACCCAUCGGCCCGAUGCCCACAAGAUCAAAGCUAGUCACAUCCCGCUGAUCGCUGUCGAUGAACCCGCCGCCGAUGUCAACGGACACGCCAAGGAGCCCGCUCCCUUACCGGCCAGUGAUGACCUGGACCGCCUGUCCUUUGUGUCUUAUACGUCGGGGACAACGGGCAAGCCGAAAGGCAUUGCCAAUCCACACCGCGCCCCCGUGCUCUCCUACGAUCUGAGAUUUGCCGUGCAGGAUCAGCAGCCUGGGGACCGGGUCGCGUGCAAUGUGUUCUUCAUCUGGGAGAUGCUGCGUCCGCUGUUGCGAGGUGCCACGGUCGUUGCCGUUCCCGACGAUGUGAGCUACGACCCGGCUGCCCUGGUGGACCUGCUCGCAUCCAAACGGGUGACCGAAACGCUCAUGACUCCUACCCUCUUGGCCACUAUCCUCUCCCGCUACCCGCACAUCGAAACUCGUCUUCCCGAUCUGCGAACGUUAUGGCUGAACGGUGAGGUCGUGACGACAGAUCUUGCCCGUCGGGCUAUCAAGGCUCUCCCCAACACCCGCCUGCUCAACUGCUACAGUGCCUGCGAAACGCAUGAGAUUGCAUGCGGAGAUAUCCGCGAAACGAUGGACGUCGAAUCCCUGUACUGCCCCGUGGGCCCGCCGAUGGACCCCACACACACUUAUAUUCUGAACGAGAGUGGACAAGAGGUAGAGGAGGGAAUUUCUGGAGAACUCUACAUCGGAGGCGCGCUACUGGCGCGGGAAUACCUGAACCUCCCCGAGACAACCGCCAAAGCUUUCACGCCUGACCAGUUCGAUGCCACCCCCGGCGCUCGCAUGUACAGGACUGGCGACCGGGCGCGAAAGCUACCUUCGGGACUUCUCGAAAUCACCGGUCGAGUAGGCGCAAUGAUCAAACUCCGCGGUUAUUCCGUCGUCCCAGCCAAGGUGGAGAGUGAGAUUUGUCAGUACCUGGCUGUCAGCCACUGCGCAGUGAUUGCCCAUGGCGACGGCCUGGACCGGCAGCUGGUUGCAUACAUUGUCCUCGAUAAGGAGGCUUCUGGGGAUGAGCGCCCGGCGGUCGAGAUCAAUGAGUCUGGUCACAGCCCUGCCGCGCGUCGUGUCCUCGAGCCAUAUCUCGCCCACUACAUGAUUCCAGCGCUGUGGGUUGCGAUGGAGGAAAUCCCUACUAACGACGUCUCCGGCAAGGUUGAUCUCAAGAGCCUUCCUCCACCCCGCAGUCCCAGCCCCAGUGGCAGCGCCACGCCAAAGGACCCCAUUGGUAUCAAUGACGUUGCGGCGAUCUGGGCAACUGUCCUGAAAACAUCGAAAGCCCUGCUGAAACCCGAAGACAACUUCUUUGAUUUAGGUGGACAUUCCUUGUCCCUGGCGGAUUUGUCCGCAAGGCUCUCCAGACAUUUUGGUUUCCGUGUGCCUAUUCCCCGUCUUGCAGACAACUCGACCCUUACUGGCCACCUGGAAACCGUGCGUGCAGUCAGGGAUGGACACACCGCAGCAGUGCAAGCAGAUCUCCCGGCGGUCCUGCUUUCUGAUGCCACCCUGGAUGACGAUAUCAAACCCUCCUCGAACGCCACCAUCACCUCGAUCGCUACAGCCGAGACGGUGCUUCUGACCGGUGUGACUGGGUUCUUGGGUGCCUUCUUGCUGAACGACUUGUUAGAAAACACCUCGGCUCGUAUUGUCUGCCUGGUGCGGUUCAACGACCCGGAAGACGACGACCAGGCCGGAGGUGUCGCGCGUAUCCGCAGAAACCUGUUGGAUCUGGGACUGUGGCGCGACUCAAUCAUGGAGCGCGUCGAGGUGCUCCCAGGAAACCUUUCCAGAACUCGAUUCGGUCUGUCGCCUCAGGCCUUCGAUGACCUCGCCGCUCGUGUCCAAGUUAUCGUGCAUGCUGGCGCCACCGUGAACCUGGUAUACCCAUAUGCUGCGCUGCGGGGCGCCAACGUGGGUGGAACCAGAGAGGUUCUUCGUCUGUCGGCCAAGGGCGGCGCGACGGUGCAGUACAUUUCCACCAACGGUGUCCUGCCCCCGUCUGGACAGAGCGGUUGGACCGAGGAUGCUACGCUGGACGUGGACGAGGUUCCAACGAAGCUGCUCGACGGCUAUGGCCAGACCAAAUGGGUUGCCGAACAACUCGCGCUCAAGGCUGCUCAAUGCGGACUGCCGGUUAAAAUCCACCGCUGCGGUACCAUCAGUGGCCACAGCACCACGGGCGCGGCCAAUGCGUGGGAUCUGCUUACCGCACUGAUCGUGGAGUCGAUCAAGAUCGGCUACGCGCCCGAUGUGGAUGGCUGGCGUGCGGAGAUGACCCCCGUGGACUAUGUCAGUAAGGCCAUCGUCCACCUCGCGUCGCAGACUCAGGCCACACAACCGGUCUUCCACCUCGGUGACCCCGAUCCGGUCCCUACUCGCUCCGUCUUUGAGAACCUGAACGAGCUUGGCUAUCCUACACAGCUACUCCCCUGGGACGAGUGGGUAGCCCUUUGGUACGAGAAACGAGGCUCCGCGAAGGGCGGCGACGGUGCAUUUACCGUCGACAUCCUUCGCAGCGGCAUGCCGACUGUCGAGUUCCUGCGCGACAUUGUCGUUCUCGACAACGCCCUGACCAAGCCUUUCCGCGCGGUCAUCGAACGACCAAAGGUCGACAGUGACCUGCUGGAAACCUACACCCGGCACUGGUUCGCGCGAGGAUGGUUCUCCAAACCCCCCUCUCGCCAGCACGUUCUCAACCGCUCCACAAAGCCCAUCUCCAGAGGGCCCCUCAGCGGCCAAGUCGCCGUGGUGACGGGUGCAUCGUCGGGCAUCGGCGCCGCGGUGGCAGUCGCCCUUGCAAAGCAGGGCUGCGCCGUCGCACUGGGCGCCCGUCGCCUGGACGCGCUAGAAUCCGUCAAGCGACGAGUCCAAUCCGAAGUCCACGACGCCAAGUGCAUCAUCCGCUCUACCGACGUUACAAACCCCACACACACCGAAGCCCUCGUCCACGCCGCGAGCGAGGAGCUAGGUGGCCCCGUCGAUAUCCUAGUCGCUUGCGCGGGUGUCAUGUACUUCACCCUGAUGGCCAACACGCAGACAGACGAGUGGGCGCGCACCGUCGACGUCAACUGCAAGGGUCUUCUGAAUGCCUUGGCCCCGACCGUGCCGGGCAUGAUCUCGCGCGGCCGCGGCCACAUCGUUGCCAUUUCCUCCGACGCGGGCCGGAAGGUCUUUCCCGGUCUGGGCGUCUACUCGGCUAGCAAGUUCUUCGUCGAAGCUACUCUGCAAGCGCUCCGGCUUGAAACCGCGGGGACGGGAUUGCGCGUCACGAGCAUUCAACCGGGGAACACGGCUACUGAUCUAUUGGGAAUGUCGACGGAUACUGAAGCUGUGGAGAAAUAUGGAGGGGAGUCUGGAGCCAAGAUUCUGGAUCCGUCGGAUAUUGCGAAUUCGAUUGUUCACGCUUUGAUUCAGCCGGAACAUGUUUCUGUUAAUGAGAUGUUGGUGGAGCCGAGGGAGGAGCCGAUUUAGUGUUGCUCAUUGUGUAUGAUAUUGUUUUCAAGGAUGUCUUCUUGCUUCGGUACGGAUAGUGAUAGAUAGGUAAAAUUUUCUGCCAUACCCAAAUCUUUCUGUUGACGUGACGCGUUCCAAUGUACAUACUCCAUACUCCGUACUCGGGGCCGGGGUCAGUACUUAGUAUAGUAAGUGAUCGUCCCAGAUCAUGACCCAAGGAUAUAUCCAACUGAGCGGUUUUGUCUGCUUGCCGGAGCCGGGGUUUCGUCGGUGUUUCCUAAACCCCACAACCCCGAUCUUCCACACAUGGUCUCGUACGGAGUACAGUGCAGUUCUAUGAAUCAGAUAACAAGUUGUCAAUGUAUACUUGUAUUUAGUAAUGUCGCAAAUACAACUACGGCGAAUCUGACUAGGA